GGCGCGCGCGUGCGCAGGCGUCGCGCGGAGGGACGAGGCAGAGCCGCGGAGUCGCAGCCAGGUCGGUUAGGGGUCCACGCCGCCCGCCGCGCCGCCCGCCCCGCGCCUGCCGCCGCAGCCAUGGGAGUGCAGGUGGAGACCAUCUCCCCCGGAGACGGGCGCACCUUCCCGAAGCGCGGCCAGACCUGCGUGGUGCACUACACGGGGAUGCUUGAAGAUGGAAAGAAAUUUGAUUCCUCCCGGGACAGAAACAAGCCCUUUAAGUUUAUGCUGGGCAAGCAGGAGGUGAUCCGAGGCUGGGAAGAAGGGGUUGCCCAGAUGAGUGUGGGUCAGAGAGCCAAACUGACGAUCUCCCCAGACUAUGCCUACGGUGCCACUGGGCACCCGGGCAUCAUCCCGCCAAACGCCACCCUUGUCUUUGAUGUGGAGCUUCUAAAACUGGAAUGACAGGAGUGGCUUCCUCCCUGUGCUCCCUGUUCUUGGAUGUGCCGCAGAGGGAUCUGGCGCCUCCAGACGUGCACACGCAAGUCCGUACGGAGCUUCUCCUGAUGUCCACCACACUCUGUAUAAGCAUCCACCCUGACUGAAUGUGUCCUGUCACCCGGCUUUGCUCUCCCCCUCUCCUGUGUGUGUGUUGACCUAAACGACAUGCGUAAACCUCAAGUUACUCUCCUGACUUUGUUCCAUUUUGGAGGGAGGAUUCAGUUUCAGUCUUCUGGAUCCAGGCUCCCCGUUAAGCAUUAGUCAAGUAUUAACAGCACAAAUAAUGGGUUAACUCUAGAAUAGGAAUUGGUGUUGAGGGGGGAUGCAAGAAUCUUUAUUUUAUUUUAUUUUUUGGAUGAAAUUUUUAUCUAUUAUAUAUUAAACGUUCUUGCUGCUGCGCUGCAAAGCCAUAGCAGAUUCGAGGCGCUGUGGGGGCCGAAUCAUUCUCCCAGUUGAGAGAUGCGCUUUGGUUGAAUUAAACGCCCUAACCCGAGACUGAAGUGGGAGGGAGAGCCGUUGCCUCCGCUGCCCACGCCACCUCCCCGAAGCCCUCUGCCUUUUGAAAGCAGAUCGUUUUCACUGCGAUGUUGGACGCUGCAGGUAUCUGUCCCCGGGCCAGCAGGGACCUCUGAAGCCUUCUUCGUGGCCUGGCUUUUUUUUUUUCAUCCUGUGGUUUUUCUAAUGGAUAUUCAGGACUUUUGUAAUCUCAUAGCUAUCCAAGCUCCACUUCCUAAAUUUUAAGAACUUUAAUUGAAAGUUUAAAUUGAAGGUGCUGUUUGUAGACACUUAACACCCAGUGAAAGCCCAGCCAUCAUGACAAAUCCUUGAGUGUUGUCUUAAGAAAAUGAUGCUGGUCAUCGCAGCUUCAGCAUCUCCGGUUUUUUGACGCUCCGCUCCCCCUGCUGAUCUCCGAGUUUCCUGGCUUUUCCCUCCCCUCUCGCCCCUUGCGGUCCUGUGUAGUGAUGUGGUGAGAGGAGUUAGUGCUGCCUGCCCACCCUCACCCCAUCCCUCCGCACUACAUAUGAGUUUCAAGUUUUAUUAUUGCAAUAAAAAGUGCUUUAUGCUGGCUUUUCUCA